AUGGUGAAGCUGGAUAUUCACACCUUGGCCCAUCACCUUAAGCAGGAACGCUUAUAUGUGAACUCUGAGAAACAGCUCAUUCAGAGGCUCAAUGCAGAUGUCCUUAAGACAGCCGAAAAGUUGUAUCGUACAGCAUGGAUUGCUAAGCAACAGAGAAUUAAUUUGGAUCGGCUUAUCAUAACCAGCGCUGAAGCUUCCCCUGCUGAAUGUUGCCAACAUGCCAAGAUUUUGGAAGAUACACAGUUUGUUGAUGGAUACAAGCAAUUGGGGUUUCAGGAGACUGCUUAUGGAGAAUUCUUGAGUCGAUUAAGGGAAAAUCCUCGUCUUAUUGCCUCCUCGUUGGUUGCUGGGGAGAAACUGAAUCAGGAGAACACACAAGGUGUUAUAUACACAGUUUUUACCUCCCUUUACGGCAACUGCAUCAUGCAAGAAGAUGAAAGCUACCUCCUUCAGGUUUUGAGAUACUUGAUUGAAUUUGAACUUAAAGAAAGUGACAACCCCAGGCGACUUUUGAGGAGAGGAACCUGUGCCUUCAGCAUCUUAUUUAAACUUUUUUCUGAAGGACUGUUUUCCGCCAAACUUUUCCUCACAGCCACUUUACAUGAGCCGAUCAUGCAGCUGCUUGUUGAAGAUGAAGACCACCUGGAGACGGAUCCAAACAAGCUGAUCGAUAGGUUCUCCCCGUUACAACAGGAAAAGCUCUUCGGAGAGAAAGGCUCAGAGAGAUUCAGGCAAAAGGUUCAAGAGAUGGUGGAUUCCAAUGAGGCCAAACUGGUGGCUCUGGUGAACAAGUUUAUUGGUUAUCUCAAGCAGAACACGUACUGCUUUCCACAUAGUUUGAGGUGGAUUGUGUCACAGAUGUACAAAACCCUCUCCUGUGUGGACAGACUGGAAGUUGGGGAGGUCAGGGCAAUGUGUACUGAUCUCCUCUUGGCCUGCUUCAUUUGUCCUGCAGUUGUCAAUCCAGAACAGUAUGGAAUAAUUUCUGAUGCUCCUAUUAAUGAAGUGGCAAGAUUUAAUCUGAUGCAGGUUGGCCGCCUUUUGCAGCAGUUGGCCAUGACCGGCUCUGAAGAGGGAGAUCCGCGGACAAAGAGCAGCCUUGGAAAAUUUGACAAAAGCUGUGUUGCUGCUUUUCUUGAUGUUGUGAUUGGGGGCCGUGCAGUGGAGACCCCUCCAAUGUCUUCCGUUAAUCUUCUGGAAGGAUUGAGCAGAACUGUGGUUUAUAUAACCUAUAGUCAGCUUAUUACUCUGGUGAAUUUUAUGAAGAGUGUGAUGUCUGGAGAUCAACUGAAAGAAGACAGGAUGGCUCUUGACAAUUUAUUGGCAAACCUGCCCCAGGCAAAGCCGGGGAAAAGCAGCAGUUUGGAAAUGACCCCGUAUAAUACUCCUCAGCUGUCUCCAGCAACCACUCCAGCAAAUAAAAAGAAUCGAUUGCCUAUAGCAACUCGAAGUAGAAGCCGCACCAAUGUGCUAAUGGACUUACAUAUGGACCAUGAAGGAUCAUCUCAAGAAACCAUCCAGGAAGUACAGCCAGAAGAGGUGUUGGUCAUUUCCUUAGGGACAGGUCCCCAGCUAACUCCAGGGAUGAUGUCAGAAAAUGAGGUCCUAAACAUGCAACUUUCAGAUGGAGGACAAGGAGAUGUCCCCGUCGAUGAAAACAAACUCCACGGUAAACCUGAUAAAACCUUGCGCUUUUCCCUCUGCAGUGAUAAUCUGGAAGGAAUAUCUGAAGGUCCGUCAAAUCGCUCUAAUUCGGUGUCCUCUCUAGACCUGGAAGGAGAGUCUGUAUCAGAACUUGGAGCAGGACCUUCUGGGAGUAAUGGAGUUGAAGCUCUCCAGCUAUUAGAGCAUGAACAAGCUACAACACAAGAUAAUCUUGAUGAUAAGCUAAGGAAGUUUGAAAUACGUGACAUGAUGGGACUGACAGAUGACAGAGAUAUAUCAGAAACAGUGAGUGAGACCUGGAGUACAGAUGUCUUGGGAAGUGAUUUUGACCCUAACAUUGAUGAAGAUCGCUUACAAGAAAUUGCAGGUGCAGCAGCAGAGAACAUGUUAGGCAGUUUACUGUGCCUGCCAGGUUCAGGGUCGGUGCUUCUUGACCCCUGCACUGGUUCUACCAUAUCAGAGACAACAAGUGAAGCUUGGAGUGUAGAGGUAUUGCCAAGUGAUUCAGAGGCCCCGGAUCUAAAGCAGGAGGAGCGUCUACAAGAGCUGGAGAGCUGCUCUGGACUAGGUAGCACGUCUGAUGAUACAGAUGUCAGGGAGGUCAGUUCCCGCCCCAGCACACCAGGCCUCAGUGUUGUGUCGGGCAUAAGUGCAACCUCUGAGGAUAUUCCCAAUAAGAUUGAAGACCUGAGAUCCGAGUGCAGCUCUGAUUUUGGGGGUAAAGAUUCUGUCACUAGUCCAGACAUGGAUGAAGUAACUCAUGGCGCCCACCAGCUGACCUCUCCUCCUUCUCAGUCCGAGUCUGUACUUGCCAUGUUUGAUCCGCUGUCUUCACAUGAAGGAGCUUCUGCUGUGGUAAGGCCAAAGGUUCAUUAUGCCAGGCCGUCGCAUCCACCACCAGAUCCCCCAAUCCUGGAAGGAGCUGUGGGAGGAAAUGAGGCCAGGUUGCCGAACUUUGGUUCCCAUAUGUUAACUCCAGCUGAAAUGGAGGCAUUCAAGCAAAGGCAUUCUUACCCAGAGAGAUUAGUUCGCAGCAGGAGCUCUGAUAUAGUAUCAUCUGUCCGGCGACCCAUGAGUGACCCCAGCUGGAACCGUCGUCCAGGGAAUGAAGAGCGAGAACUCCCUCCAGCCGCAGCCACUGGUGCUACUUCUUUGGUGGCUGCACCUCACUCAUCAUCUUCAUCCCCGAGUAAGGACUCCUCAAGAGGAGAGACUGAAGAACGCAAAGAUAGCGAUGAUGAGAAAUCAGACAGGAACAGACCUUGGUGGAGAAAACGUUUUGUUUCUGCCAUGCCUAAAGCUCCUAUACCAUUUAGAAAGAAAGAAAAACAAGAAAAAGACAAAGAUGAUGUGGGGCCUGACAGAUUCUCAACACUCACAGAUGAUCCCAGCCCUAGACUCAGUGCACAAGCUCAGGCCGCUGAGGAUAUUCUGGACAAAUACAGGAAUGCCAUUAAGCGAACCAGCCCCAGUGAAGGAGCAAUGGCGAGCUAUGAAAGUACAGAGGUCAUGGGCGACGGUGAGAGCGCCCAUGACUCUCCUCGAGAGGAGACGCUGCAGAACAUCUCGGCCGACGAUCUCCCGGACUCCGCGAGCCAGGCGGCCCACCCCCAGGAUUCUGCUUUCUCAUACAGAGACGCAAAAAAGAAACUGAGACUUGCUCUUUGCUCUGCGGAUUCUGUUGCUUUCCCAGUGCUCACCCAUUCAACAAGGAACGGUUUACCGGACCAUACAGACCCAGAGGACAAUGAAAUUGUAUGCUUCUUAAAAGUUCAAAUAGCUGAAGCAAUUAAUUUACAAGAUAAGAACUUAAUGGCUCAACUUCAAGAAACAAUGCGUUGCGUGUGCCGCUUUGAUAACAGAACUUGCAGAAAACUGCUGGCCUCUAUCGCCGAGGACUACAGGAAAAGGGCGCCCUAUAUUGCUUACCUCACUCGCUGUCGGCAAGGACUGCAGACCACACAGGCCCACCUGGAGAGGCUACUUCAGCGGGUGUUGCGGGACAAAGAGGUGGCCAAUCGGUACUUCACCACUGUCUGUGUGAGGUUGCUGCUUGAGAGCAAAGAAAAGAAGAUCCGGGAAUUCAUUCACGACUUUCAGCAACUCACAGCAGCUGAUGAUAAAACUGCUCAGGUAGAAGAUUUUCUGCAGUUCCUCUAUGGCGCGAUGGCCCAGGACGUCAUAUGGCAGAAUGCGAGCGAGGAGCAGCUUCAGGACGCCCAGCUGGCCAUCGAGCGCAGUGUGAUGAAUCGGAUUUUCAAGCUUGCUUUCUACCCGAACCAGGACGGUGACAUACUGCGUGACCAGGUUCUUCAUGAACAUAUUCAGAGACUGUCUAAAGUAGUGACCGCAAAUCACAGAGCUCUUCAGAUACCAGAGGUUUAUCUUCGGGAAGCCCCUUGGCCAUCUGCACAGUCGGAAAUCAGGACAAUAAGUGCUUACAAGACCCCCCGGGACAAAGUGCAGUGUAUCCUGCGAAUGUGCUCCACCAUCAUGAACCUCCUGAGUCUGGCCAACGAGGACUCCGUCCCCGGAGCAGAUGACUUCGUGCCUGUUUUGGUAUUUGUGUUGAUAAAGGCAAAUCCGCCCUGCUUGCUAUCCACUGUCCAGUAUAUCAGUAGCUUUUACGCCAGCUGUCUGUCUGGAGAGGAAUCCUAUUGGUGGAUGCAGUUCACAGCAGCAGUGGAAUUCAUUAAAACUAUCGAUGACCGAAAGUGACCAAGACCAAGGCCCACCAAGGCUUCAGACUGUUAGGCGGGCAAACAGAUCUCUUAGAAAAUGUACCAGCUGCUUUGAAGGCUGAAGAUUGUUUUUGUAUAAUAUUGUACAGCAUUCAGACAUUUUAAAACAGAUCUUUACUAAACAGAUUAAUGAGCUAACAAGCAGGUUCUCUUUUCUUUGGGCUCUUUUCCUUUCUGUUGCAUAUUUGGUUAUUUUCUUGUCCCAAGUAGAGAAUUAGUACUGCAAAAAGGGACCACAUUUUUCAGGUAUUUUGAAAUAUUAAAAAACAGAACAAAAUCUAGAAAAUUCCUAGAUCUCCAUUCAUGGAUACCCAUUCUUUCCUUUUAUUUAAAAAAAUAAAAAGAACAGUACACCUCUUUUUAGAUGCUGUCUAAUCUUACAUGCAUCUAAUGGAAGGAAGAUACCAGUUGCACCGAGAAUUAUAAUGGUGGUGACAUUAGUGGCUUUAUCUAUAAAUACACUCACCGGGAUGAAAAGCUAAGAAGGAAAUGUAAAUAUAAUAUAUAUUUAUAUUUGAUGUAAUAUGGACAUCUUCAGAUUCUAAUAAACAAGGAGUAUUGCUGAUAGUAGGCUGUGAUGUACCCUCUUGUGAAAUGGUUUCCUGGACAAAGUUUAAGCUGAGCUUAAAAGCAGCAAACAAAUACACAGAAAUAUUUAUUAAAGUGGAAAACAGUUUCUUGAACUUUCUAGGUGUGGAGUUUGAUGCACAAGACUGCCUUUGAUGAGGGCAUAACAAUCACUUAGACAUUCCUCACCACGGACGUCUUUGAGCCCGCAGGAGGAAGGAGGUAGACCCUUUAAUCACCAUGCAUUGCGUACGAAGGAACAGUAGACACCUAAUAGGUUACUGUGGUACUUCUUAUCUGAAAUACUAGAUAGAGUGUAGAAACCCCAAACUGAACUCCUUUCAAACCUUUAAUUGUAAUAUAUUUUUGAUGAUUAUUCACAUUGAAUGACAGACCAGGAAUUCAGUGAAUGUCAUUUUUUUAAAAACUGAUUUGUAUUGUCUGCUCUAGUGAUACAGGUUUUACUAGUGAUAAACUAUUUUAACCAACCAUAUUAUUCUUAUGGAAAAAAGUCUAUUUUGGCAGGUUUCUGUGCCUUUUAUUUCCCUCUUCUGAACAAAAGUCUAUGUUUCUGUAUUUUGGUUUGAUUGUAUAUUGCUAAUCAGGAAUGGGUUUUGGUGUCAGAAAUUGGCCAUGGAGGCACACCAAAGCUUCAAGCACAAGUCUUGUACGUAAGUCACGACUGACUGGUUUCACUUUGUACAUUUCCUAAACAUGGGGAGCUGCUUUUAUAACACACCUGGUCCCAUACUUUGAGUCCCUUGUUGUGGGCAGCAUUUCGAGGCAUUUUUAAGGGAACUGUGACAGACAACCUUGAGCAGAUGAAUACAGAGGCUGUCUACUUCUCUCCAAGACCUCUGUGUUUAAUUGUGCCUAAAGAAGCCAGAUUUUCUUUAUGCCUCCACCUCUUCUCAUUCAUUUAUUUAAAAAUACCAAAAUAACAAGUUGCAUAGGAGUGUGGGAUGUGGUUUCUGCCCUCUAGGGAGAGAUCAGAAUUCCAACUAGUACUACAGAAUGCCCUUUGGAAUGUUAGGCCAAGCACUCUGUGUGGACGUCAAACUUGCCUAGGUAUUAGAUUGUCAAAUCCUAUCAUAACUACUUUAUGAAACAAACAAACAGUCUGACACAGUUUCUAAGACCUAGGGGGAGUCCAUUUACUUCAGCAUUUGAUUCAAUAAACGUUAAGUUGAUAGAAGACUUGGAAUAGUUGAAAUGCAUUACUGUGGGAUUUCCUAGAGAUUUUUUUUUCUCCACAUGGUUGCUACACCUCUGCUGUGUUAUCACUAUGGAAAUAAACGCGAAGCUGUGGAUGUGG